AUGACCUCCGGUAAUCUGCAGAUCCAAUUUUGUGGCCUCCUCUGGCUGCUCACUAGCGUAUGCAUCGCCCGUGCCUCCUCGAUGGCGCGCGCCGCGACCAAAGAUCCCGAGACUUCGGGUUUUGCCUUGAUCAUCCAGCGAUCACGCUUCGCUGGUGGCCUCUUAGUCAUCCCACUCGAUAGCACGGUUCGACUGACCCAAUGCUUCACGAAAGACCUCGCGCAAAACAUCAUCCGUCUCCAGUACGGCCGACGCGGCAAGCAGCUUGUGAUGCGUGCGGCUAACACUGUCGAAUACAAGGAAUGGACCACAGCGAUCAAGUCUUCACUGACUGACGACGUAAUGGCUCCACGCCUGUCACAGUCACUCGACGCUAUCAAGCGGCUCGUGGAGGGCUACGACGACGUAGCUGUUCAAUGGGCUCAAGUGGCGACGGAGACGCGACAGUUUAGUGCAGACAUCGCUAGUCUUCAACCGACUCCGAACGGUGCUCGACCCAGCUGUAUUCCCACUAGGUGGCCAUCACCGCAACAGCAACGAGCGCCGCUCGUACCAUUCCCCCCAGCUAUCAGCUGA